AUGGUGUACAUCCGCCAGCAUCAACUACCCAAGCUGCGGGAAUACCGUUAUGCAGGAGUCGAUCUUUCGCUUGUUAGCCGCUAUGUCCUCAAGCCGUUCUAUAAUAACUUCGUGAUCAAGUUCUUCCCUAUGAGCAUGGCUCCUAAUGCCAUUACCCUGACUGGGUUCUUCUUUGUGGUAGUCAACUUCUUCACCAUUCUCUGGUACAACCCGACUCUAGACCAGGACUGCCCGCCCUGGGUCUAUGCCAGUUGCGCCAUCGGGUUGUUCCUUUACCAGACGUUUGACGGCGUAGACGGCAUCCAAGCGCGGAGAACCAAGCAGAGCGGUCCUCUGGGUGAACUGUUUGAUCACAGUGUCGAUGCAUGCAACACGGCCUUGGGAGUCUUGAUCUUCGCGGCCGCUAUGAACCUUGGCCAAUCUUGGGCAACGGUGUUGACCCUUUUCGGAUCGACUAUGACCUUUUACGUCCAGACAUGGGAUGAAUACUACACCCAGGUGUUGACCUUGGGAAUCAUCUCAGGCCCCGUCGAGGGUGUCCUGACUCUCUGCGUCGUGUUUGGCUUUACGGCCUACAUGGGCGGUGGCAGCUUCUGGCAUCGCUCCAUGCUGGAGACCGUUGGAGUUCCCAAGUUCGCCUUCAUUCCCGAGCACAUCUACGAUAUGGCCUUUACGCAGUGGUAUCUCGUCUACGGCGGAGUUCUCCUCUUCUUCGCCAUUGCUUCCAGCAUUGUGCACGUCAUGCAGGUGCGCCGUGAGCGUGGUCAGGACCCAAUCAAGCCCCUUUAUGGCUUGCUCCCUCUGGUCGCGGUGUGGACUCUCGUGCCGGCUUAUCUCUACCUACAACCCACCAUCCUGGAGAACUACAUGGUCCCGUUCUGCCUGUAUGUCGGCAUGAUCAAUGCAUAUGCCGUGGGAAGGAUGAUCUGCGCGCACCUGGUCAAAGCCAGCUUCCCUUACUUCAACAUGCUCCUGAUUCCCCUUGCUUUGGCGGUGCUUGACAGUGCCGGUGCGGUCUUUGGGUACUGGCCGAGUGUGCUGGGCGAUGGUGUGAGACAGAUUGCUUUCGUCUGGGUGUGCUUGGGUCUGUCGAUCGGCGUUUACGGCAGCUUCGUGCACGACAUCAUCACGACGAUAUGUGACUAUAUCGACAUCUGGUGCUUGACGAUCAAGCACCCGCACGUGGAAGUGGUGACCGCCAAUGGAGAUGCGAAGAAGUUGAACUAA